AUGCCAUUUGCUCAACUCGUCAUCGGACCCCCGGGGGCCGGCAAGUCGACAUACUGCAACGGCAUGCAGCAGUUCAUGGGCGCCAUCGGGCGCAAGUGCAGCGUCGUCAACCUGGACCCGGCCAACGACGCGACGGGGUACGCGGCCGCGGUCGACGUGCGCGACCUCAUCACCCUCGAGGCCAUCAUGGGCGACGAGGACGUCGGGCUCGGCCCCAACGGCGGCGUGCUGUACGCGCUCGAGGAGCUCGAGGAGAACGCCGAGUGGCUCGAGGACCGCCUGGCGCGGCUCGGCGACGACUACGUCCUGUUCGACUGUCCUGGCCAGGUCGAGAUUUUUACCCAUCACGCGAGUCUGAGGAGGGUGUUUGCGAGGCUGGAGAAGAUGGGAUAUAGGCUAGUCGUCGUCAACUUGAUCGACUCGUACGCCCUAACACUACCAUCAUUAUACAUAUCCACACUCCUCCUCUCGCUGCGGAGCAUGCUCCAACUCGACAUGACGCACAUCAACGUGCUGACCAAGAUCGACAAUCUCUCCAAAUACCCACCCUUACCGUUUAACCUGGACUUUUACACUGAGGUACAAGACCUGUCGUAUCUACUACCCAGUCUCGAAGCAGAGUCGCCCAUGUUCGGGCAGGGGAAGUUCGCCGCGCUGAACGAGGCCAUCGUCAAUCUCGUCGAGGAGUUUGGGCUGGUCGGGUACGAGACGCUCGCGGUCGAGGAUAAAAAGAGCAUGAUGUCGCUGCUGAGAACGAUCGAUCGCGCAGGCGGCUACGCUUUUGGUGGCGCAGAGGGCGCGAACGAUAGUGUCUGGCAAGUCGCGGUUAGAGAGGGAAUGGGCGGGAUGAGCAUUCAGGAUAUCCAAGAGAGGUGGAUAGACAAUAAGGAGGAGUGGGAUGAGAAGGAAAGAAAUGAGUGGGAAGAGGAGCAAAAGAGGAGGGAAGAGGAGUGGGAGAGUGGAAUGCAGCAGCAGGGGGGAGAUGAUGCAGGCAUGGACUUGGAUGGUCUGGACAUACCGAGGAUAAUGGGAGACAGUGGUGUGAAGGUUAGAAGGAAGGGGAAGACCGAGCCUGACAAUGGAGUGUCGUGA